UCCACCGCGUUCCCGGCAGCCUCCGCCGCUGGGGGGUGGCAGCGGCGCAAGAUGGCGGCGGACAGUGAACCCGAGUCGGAGGUGUUCGAGAUCACGGACUUCACCACCGCCUCCGAGUGGGAGAGAUUUAUUUCAAAAAUAGAAGAAGUAUUAAAUGACUGGAAACUGAUUGGGAUUUCUUCAGGCAAACCUCUAGAGAAGGGUAUAUUUACCACAGGAACAUGGGAAGAGAAAUCGGAUGAAAUUUCAUUUGCAGACUUCAGAUUCUCAGUUACCCAUCAUUAUCUUGUACAAGAGCCCAGUGACAAAGAUGGGAAGGAAGAGCUGGGAGAAGAUGCCCUCCCUCUGCCAAUGCAGGACUUGCUGUGCAUGAACAAUGACUUUCCUCCUCGGGCCCACUGUCUGGUGAGAUGGUACGGCUUACGUGAGUUUGUGGUUAUUGCUCCAGCUGCAAAUAACGAUGCUGUUGUUAGUGAAUCCAAGUGUAACCUCUUGCUGAGUUCCGUUUCCAUUGCACUGGGCAACACUGGCUGUCAGGUGCCACUGUUUGUGCAAAUCCAUCACAAGUGGCGCCGGAUGUACGUCGGGGAGUGCCAGGGCCCGGGCGUUCGCACGGACUUUGAGAUGGUUCAUCUGCGCAAGGUACCCAGCCAGUACACCCAUUUAUCAGGCCUGCUGGACAUCUUCAAAACCAAGAUUGGCUGCCCUUUAACACCACUGCCUCCAGUUAGCAUAGCUAUUCGGCUUACCUUUGUGCUCCAGGACUGGCAGCAGUACUUCUGGCCACAGCAGCCACCAGAUAUAGAUGCUCUAGUUGGGGGAGAAGUUGGAGGCUUGGAAUUUGGGAAGUUACCAUUUGGUGCCUGUGAAGAUCCUAUUAGUGAGCUGCAUUUAGCUACAACAUGGCCUCACCUCGCAGAAGGGAUAAUUGUUGACAAUGAUGUUUAUUCCGACCUGGAUCCACUUCAAGCACCCCAGUGGUCUGUGAGAGUUAGAAAAGCAGAUAACCCUCAGUGUCUAUUGGGUGAUUUCCUCACUGAGUUCUUCAAGCUUUGCCGUCGGAAGGAGUCAACUGAUGAGAUACUUGGAAGGUCUGCAUUUGAUGAGGAAGGAAAAGACGUUGCUGAUAUCACCCACGCACUGUCGAAGCUCACAGAGCCAGCACCUGUCCCAAUCCCCAAAUUAUCAGUCACCAAUAUGGUUCACAGUGCCAAGAAAAAGAUCCGCAAGCACAGAGGUGUGGAUGAGUCUCCUUUGAACAAUGAUGUGCUGAACACCAUUCUCCUGUUCUUAUUUCCUGAUGCUGCUGACAAACUUGCAGAUGUAUUUGAAAACAGAGCCAGCACUUCAGCAGGAAACAAUCCUCCUCCAGAGAAUGAAGAUUAUAAUCUCUUCAGUCAGUUUAAGUCUGCUCCAUCUGACAGUCUGACAUACAAAUUAGCUUUAUGUCUUUGUGAUCACAUGUCUGUGAAAGAUUCAACUUUAUACUUGAUAAUGGUUACACUUCUGCCUUUUGUUAGAUUAGCUAAUGGCUCUCCAGAUCUGAGAUGUUGUUUACUGCAUCAGAAGCUUCAGAUGCUAAAUUGUUGCAUUGAAAGGAAGAAAGCAAGAGAUGAGGGGAAAAGGGGGAGCGCGUCUGAUCGUUCACCUGGUGGUGCUUCUGGUGAUAACCCUGACAAGGAAAAAGAAUUUGGCAAGUCUUGGGAAUCGUGGAGUGACAGUGAAGAGGAAUUUUUUGAAUGUCUCAGUGACACAGAAGAUCUUAAAGGAAAUGGACAGGAAAAUGGCAAGAAAGGAGCAAAGGAGUCUGUAAACUUAAAACCAGAAGGUCGUUUGCAUCCACAUGGAAAACUGAUGCUGCUGCAUCCAGGAGAGCCUCUCUACGUUCCAAUAACACAGGAGCCGGCCCCCAUGACUGAAGACCUGCUGGAGGAACAGUCAGAGGUGCUGGCAAAGCUGGGGACAUCUGCAGAGGGUGCUCACCUGCGGGCACGCAUGCAGAGCGCCUGCUUGCUCUCAGAUAUGGAGUCCUUCAAGGCAGCUAAUCCUGGCUGUUGUCUGGAGGAUUUUGUGAGGUGGUACUCGCCUCGGGACUACAUCGAGGAGGAAGUGGUUGAUGAGAAGGGGAAUAAAGUCAUUAGGGGCGAGCUGAGCGCUCGGAUGAAGAUUCCCAGCAACAUGUGGGUGGAGGCCUGGGAAACAGCAAAGCCUGUCCCAGCACGGAGGCAGAAGAGGCUUUUUGAUGACACCAGGGAGGCUGAGAAGGUGCUUCAUUACCUUGCAGUUCAAAAACCAGCUGACCUGGCGAGGCAUCUUCUGCCUUGCAUCAUCCAUGCAGCUGUACUCAAGGUAAAGGAGGAAGAAGCACUAGAAGAUAUAUCUUCAGUUAAGAAGAUUAUUAAGCAGAUAAUAUCCCAUUCCAGCAAAGUGCUACGUUUUCCCAGUCCAGAGGACAAGAAGUUGGAAGAAAUAAUUGCUCAGAUUAUGAGUGUGGAAGCCAUCAUUGCCAGGGCAAGGUCUCUCAAAGCAAAAUUUGGAGUAGAGAAAUGUGAAAAUGAAGAGGAGAAAGAAGAUCUACAAAGAUUUGUAAACAGUCUCCUGGAGCAGCCAGAGGUGUCAGUUGUGGGUGCAGGAAGAGGACCUGCUGGCAGCAUCAUUCACAAGCUGUUUGUGAAUGCUCAGAGGCUGACUGAAUCUUCUGAUGAGGUGCCGGCCGUGCCGCCGCUGGAGGAGGAGCUGCGGCGCUCGGGCUCGCAGGAGGAGCGCAGGCAGGGGCUGCAGUCCGAGUUCCCCCCGCCCACGGGCCGGGAGGUGAUCCUGCGCACCUCGGUGCCCCGGCCCGCCCCCUACUCCAAGGCGCUGCCGCAGCGCAUGUACAGCGUGCUGACCCGCGAGGAUUUCCGGCUGGCAGGGGCCUUCUCUGCGGACACCACCUUCUUCUGACACGGCCCGUGCGCCGGGGACUCGCUGCUGCGGGCAGGGAGCGCUGCACGGGGACUGGCGUGCGCUGCAGCCGGAGCGCCGCUUCCCAAGGACCGGCAUCGGCCGCUGUGACAGGCGGCUGGAGCAACUCAUCUCCGAGGUUUGGAAUGGCUUCAGGAGGGGCUUCAAACUCUCUGCCCAAAAGGAGCGUAUUUUCCUUUCCUUGCAUUAGCUUAAUUACGGACCUGAAGGGGCUGUGUGCAAAUAUGUUGAAAUUCAUGCAGAACGUGCUGCUUUACACUUCAGGAUCGGACUUUAUCAAGUGACAUUAGUCUGCUUAAAUUGAUAUAUAUAAACGUUAAGUAAUUUAUAUUUAUUACUAAUCAUAAUCACAGAGCCCCAUAUUUUUUGGUUAAUCACUGUUGCAAGUGCUUCUGAAUUAUCCUUAUUUUUAUUUAAAGUGUACAGUUUAUUCUCUAGUUUGUGCUGAAGUCUCCUGUUUGUCCAGAUCUCAUCGCUUCUCCCAGAGAGAACUAAGUGGACAGUGAGUCUGACAGGCAGCCUGCAGUGGAUCACUGAGGGGUUGGGAUAUUUUAUAUCCUUCCCUGUGUGCAAGGGCCAAAGCUGGAUGGAAUGACACCCCAGAGGUGUUUCACUGUGAGCAACUCACUGGUGUUCACCGAGGCUCUUACUUGCACUCCCUGUCAUCGAUGGGAGAGGAGGGGACAGCUCUGUCACCUCUGGCCCCCUCAACCCACAUGUGCCAAUGUUGCAUUACAGUGACCUUCAUCUGUUUGAAUGAGAAUCAGCAGAAGAUCAGAGUUACUUUACAAAUGUACGAACAGCUACAGUAUUGUGGACAUUACUCAAUAAAUAUGAACAUACAGUUGGCUCUCAGUA